GCACCCUUUACAAUUAUGGACAGUCCCGAGGCACCCUUUACAAUUAUGGACAAUCCCGAGGCACCCUUUGAAAAUUAUGGACAGUCCCGAGGCACCCUUUAAAAUUAUGGACAGCCCCGAGGCACCCUUUAAAAUUAUGGGCAGCCCUGAGGCACCCUUUAAAAUCAUGAACAGUCUUGAAGCACCCUUUAAAAUUAUGGACAGUCCCAAGGCAACUUUUAAAAUCAUGGACAGUCCCGAAGCACCCUUUAAAAUUAUGGACAGUCCUGAGGCACCCUUUAAAAUCAUGGACAGUUCUGAGGCACCCUAAAAUGUCA